GCUCGUCCUACUUUAUACAUACACACACUCUCUCGCGUCUGAAACAUUCCAAAGCCACUCCUUUGCAGGAAAUAGAGUGUCACUGAGCCUCUGAAAACCCAACCUUUUGCAUUUCAGUUCUCUUGAGUCUAAACUCUUGUAAUCAAGGAAAUUUUCGUCCUUCGCUGUAUGAUGGAGUCUGAAAACGGGGUAACACUGGAAGAAAAGAGAAUUGUCAGUGAAAGAACAGAUGUGGAAGAAUCUGCUAUAGAAGCAAAGAAAGAGGGACAGAAUGCUGAUAUUAAUCGCGAAGGGGCUCCAAAUUUGAAGGAAGCUUGCAAGAAGGGAACAAAAUCUAAAGGCGUGGCAAGUAAAGCUGCUACAAUUGUCUCCAAAAGUAAAAUCUCAAAACCUUUAAAGGAACCUGGUAAGCUGACUGCUGGUAAUUCAAAGAGCAGUAAGGUGACAAAGGAUAAAUCUAAUCUGAGAAGUGCAGUACCAAUUUCUCGUAAUCAAAGGCCUGUGCUGUCCCAGAGUCUUUCAUUUCCGGCAAGAAGAGUCCAUGCCGAUGCUCUUAUGAAGAGCAUUGAUGGAUAUCCGCAGAAAACUGAUCUCAAAUAUGCUCAAGAUAAAGGCACAAAAGUUCAGGCUCCUUCUUCCUAUGGAUCGGUUCCUUCAUUGUCCCGUUUGAAUCAUACCAACAGGCGUGGAUCCGUCAAUCUGAACUCAAAUCCGGCAAAUAUUAAUGAUGGUGGAGUUACUGCCAGGGGGACUACUUCAUCAUCUUUGCCUACCAAUAGGCAACCAGUGCCUGCUAAAUCUGGUCCAGGAAAUGUAGCUGCUAAGUCCCCUCCAUCCUCCGAAUCAGCCGAUACAAAGCCGAUAACAGCUGCACUGCUGAGCAAAGAGGAUGAUGAUUCCCAUUCCACUACUUCCAAUGCCACUUCUCUUAGCACUAGAAGAAUUAGUGCGUUAGGAUUCACCUUCAGGUUGGAGGACCGUGCUGAAAAGAGAAAGGAGUUUUUUUUUAAGCUAGAAGAGAAGAUCCAUGCUGAGGAAGUUGAAAGAAAUAACUUCCAGGCAAAAUCAAAGGAGAACCAGGAGGCAGAAAUCAAGCAACUAAGGAAAAGCUUGACUUUUAAAGCUGCACCAAUGCCUAGUUUCUACAAAGAACCUCCUGCAAAAGUUGAACUAAAGAAGAUACCAGCUACGCGUGCAAAACCCCCAAAGCUUGGAAGGCACAAGAGCAGUGUUGCUGCAACAAACAACCCUUCAGGUGGUGAUGGUUCUAGUGUUAGAUCAUCUUUGAACCAAGAACAGAAUGGUUCAACCAAAAGAACUCAAAUCAAUGUUAAUGAAGAUAAUGCUGCUUCCAAGAAGGCUGUAAAGAAAUCCCAACCUAAGCUUCAAUCUAAGGAGAUCACCAAAUUUCAAGAAAAGCCUGGAAAGACAAAAGCAAAGACAGGCAAGGUGGAGAACCCUGUGCAGGAUGCUUGUGUUGGGAAACCUGAAGACAACCAGAAUUAUCCUGUUGAGAUUAUGCCCCGUCAAAUCACAGUUGGAGGUUGAAGAUCGUGAUUCUCAGGCCAUUUGUUUAUAUGUUCAUCUUUUUGGCUUCAAAUUUCCUGCUGUUGUGAAUGGUAUUUGUAAGUUGAUCAUGACAUUCUUUUUGGAUGGUUACUAUACACAUUAUAAGUUACAUAUGCAUCAAAAGGUUAUUGCAAUCAUGUUUCCUUUAUUAAAUUCUAUUGAAAGUGUUUGGUAGGAUUCUCUAUCUUUCUAAUUAUUAGGCAAAAUGUGUCUGUUGGCGACGUAAACAUCGCACUAUCUUUGCUCUUAAGCGCUGUCUAUCAUAUGACUGGCAUAUAACUUGUAAUAGCCUUCAAGUAUAUUAUCUUCAAUUAGCCGACGAUACUUGUUCACUUGGCCUAGGAUGGCUUGUUUCCAGUUUUCUCAUUAGCUUUAGAUAGCUCAUGAUAUUCAGGCUAAUUCAGGAUCUGCCCCAUUUUCCCCUUCUAUUCCAGGAUUAGUCACGCACAAAUAGGAGUCUAAGAUAAAGAUAAAUUGCACACCUUUUGUGGCAAUUCCAGCACUUUUUUAAGAAAUUACCAGGCCAAAAAUGGUGAAACUUUUUCUUUCACUUGCAAAGCAAUCUAAAUUGCUGUCAAGCAAAAGUUGGUUUCAUUAGAACCUGUAACUAAGUAGUGGUGUAAUUCCCUGUGAUGGAGACGCCAUUCUGAGAAGAUGUAUAAAUCAAGAGAAUGCUUGCUUGGGAAUCAAUCUUGGGACUUGGUAGUUGAUUUUUAGUGCCUUCAACUACAACUUUUAUG